GGCUGUAGUGAUGUGCUGUUUCUGAUGAGAACAAGCAGCGGUUGUCAGACGUCCGCAGCUGGAAUUUUGCAACCGGUUACGUAGCAGCCACAUCUCAUCGCCGAUGUGAGGGACAUCAGAUUGUGGGUAUCAUUUCACUAGCUUUUCUGCUCCAUCCUUCGGGUGAUCUCAUCUUUGACAUUUCUUUCUGUGAAAGGGGAUUUCAUCACUUCUCUGUCUCAAGAUGGGUACUGUACUUUCUCUGUCUCCCAAGCCACGAAAGUCUGCAUUACACGAAGAAUGUUCGGUGAGCAUGACAAACUUAAAUGCGCUGUACAACUCUAAGAACAAUAAUAUCAACACCACCACUACGACCACUACUAAACCAUCGAUUGAAAAACCCAUGAGAAAGCACUCUGCGAUGUUCAUCAGCGCUCUAAGCUGGAAAAUGUUCAACGUUUCCAGCAAGAAGAACAAACCUAGCAACAACAACAACGUGCUGCGAAGUAAAAAUACGAACACUGUCGAGCAGCACAACAACUAUAACAACGUGUCCAGCAAUGGGGUUAUUUCCAGCAUUAAGAAAUCGUAUUCCUGUUUCAACCUCAACUCGCACUGCGACAAACCGAAACACGGCCAUCACAUUUUGAAGAAAUCACAGAACGGUGUUACGAAAUCACCAAUUCCCAAGAAAUCGCUUCAAGCUUCGACCGGCGAACUCAUAAAAUGUCUAGGAAAUUUCCUCAGCCGCCGAUGUUCGUGUCUCAAAGACUUCGAAUGUAACGAUGCCAUCAUGUGGCUUCGUGCAGUCGACCGUUCCCUUUUAUUGCAAGGCUGGCAAGACAUUGCUUUUAUCACGCCAGCAAAUUUAGUCUUCGUAUACAUGCUCUGUCGGGACUUAGUCGACGAUAAAAUCGUCAGUGAGUCUGAGCUUCAAGCUGUCGUUUUAACGUGUUUGUAUCUUUCCUAUAGCUACAUGGGGAACGAGAUAAGCUAUCCACUCAAGCCGUUUCUAGUCGAACAAGACAAGGAUAAAUUCUGGGAUCGUUGUCUGAAGAUCAUCAAUGACUGUAGUGCCAAUAUGCUCAAAAUAAACAAAGAGGGCUCGUACUUCACGGAAAUCUUUGCCGAGCUAAAAUCGUAUUCGUAAUGUCAAAGAAACGUCGUAGUUUGACUGUCUCUAGUACACUCUUAAUUCGUAGAUUUUCUGCAGGAAGCCAAAUCGCCACAAGUCGACGCCAUUUUUAAAGCGCCCAUUGGAAACCAUUCGCGGAAGAAAUAUUUGUUUUACGUUCGAAAUGGACUUGACCGCCGGUAGAAUUGAAUAUAAAUCAUCACCGUCUUGUUAACUUUAUCGAACUUUAUAUGGAACUGGAAAUAGCUAUUGCCGUCACAGCGCACAAUGAUUAACAGACGCGGUUUUUCACACCCAAUAUGGCGUAGAAUAUGUGGGCGAUGCGUUUCCCGCUUCCAGAUGUAUCGUAUUUCGUUUGACGAUAAUGUCACUCUGUUCCCGUUGAUGACUCUUGUAUUUCAAGUAUUUACGUUGUACAUUCUAAGCGACUGAAUCACAUGUACAGUGCUUCGGUUAUUAAUUUAUUUUGAAAAAAAGAAUUUUUGCAUUUUGUAUAAAAUUUAUAUUUUUCUUACAUGUUAAUAGAUUUUGUUGCGAAAAAUUCAGUUAUUUUUUUAACUGCAAAAUGUGUCUCGCUUAAUUUUAAUAACAAGUUAAUUUUAUAAAUAUUCGCAUUCCGUUCAAUAAUUUUAUUUUUGUGUUGCAAUUCUGUCAUAUUUUGUAUUUUUUUGCCCUAGGUACAUACUAGUAAUCGAGGUUUUUCAGUGCGUCACUGUAAAAUGCGUGGGAGGGGCCCCCAUGUUAAACCUUGAAGACGCCUGUAGAUAUAGUGCCGGGAUAUAGUGUAUAUAUUUGCCGCAUUAUUAAAGAAAACUACGUUCUCUAAAAAUGUCCAACGGAACCAUGUUUAAUGUCAGGUCAUGUAUUUGUCAUUUUGUACAAAUUUUGAGCAACUAGUUUCUCCUUUAUAUAGCAGCUUAGUAAAAUCCAAGGCGUCGAAAUGCAAGAGGCGAAUGAUGGGUUUUUCAUCUCGCCUGUAAUAUCACAAUUUUUCCUGCCUGUGUCAAAUCAGAAACGUCUUAAAAUGUCAAAAACAAAACAAAGCAAAACAAAACAAAAAAAACAAAAAAAAAAAUCGUCCAAGAGUAUAUCACAGUUUGUAUUUUUUUUCCUGCCAGUAAAUAUCAGUGUGAUAAGUCUAAAACAGCAUUUAUUUUAUUUUUGUUCAGACGGAAAUGUGCAAUGUACAAAUGUUAAAAAUUAUUUUAAGAAUUUAUAAAAGAUUAACUUAUAAAAAGGACAUUUACUUGUAAAGUUAUGAUGCCGAAUGUUGGAAUUUAUACGAGAUCUGAUAGAUCACAAAAGCUUGACAGACACAGGUUCACUAGUAAAUAAUAGACCAAAAUAUCACAAUUUUUGGCAGAAAACAAUAUAAUUACACCUGGGUUGCCAGCUCUUUUGUGUACAUGUAUAUUGAAGAUCACGUUCGUCACAAUUCUCAUAGUUCAUGUUGUAUAAUUUUCACUGCCUACUUAUUUUUGUACCAAAGAAUAAGACCAUGGGUAAAUGAAUAAAUUUUGCUGGCUGUGAAAAGCUAGCUUAAAUAUAAA